UCCACUGUCUUUUCCACACAUUACGGUUGAUGUUGCCAGGGAGGGACUCGACCACAGACACAAUGGAGCUGCAGUGACUGUGAAUAGCCGGUGCCUGUUCUCACUACUCUCAUCAUUUACAGCCCCUCACAUUCAGACAAUGCUGAGUUGUAAGGCUAUUCUCUUCGGAAUGCUAGCAGCUAGCUUACUGUUGUUUUUGCAUUAACGAAUUAUCUUUGUGAGAUAGCAUACAGCCCGUUUAGUUGGUUAGCUCGCUAGCUAGCAAAGCACCUGCUGCCCUCCUGCUGCUAUUGUUUCUUCUGCUAACCUGGAUAUAACGGUCCAGGUAUCUGUGAGAUAUAAUGGAGUUUCCUUUUGAUAUCAACCACUUAUUUCCCGAGAGGUUCUCCAUCUUGGACCAGACCCUUGUUGCAGGACGUAAAACAGCAGGAAUGCCACAUCUUCAGGCAAACAUAGAAACAGUUAUCGAUGAGCUUGGGAGAGCCUCAGCAAAGGCCCAGCAGCUCCCAGCCUCUAUAACCAGUGCCUCCAAGCUGCAGUCCCAGAAGCACCAGCUGUACCUGCUGAAGGACAGAGAGAGCAACGGAGGCCGUGGUGUUGUCGUGGGGUUUCUCAAGGUUGGCUACAAAAAGUUAUUUCUUCUU